AUGGGUAAAAAAACCACUAAAACUGCGAACAAAGCAGGUACAGGUUCGAAUUCGACCGACUCAAAGCUGAAAACAGCCAACUUUGUGAAGGCUCGACACAUUCUCUGCUCUAAGCAGGGUACCAUCCAGGAAGUGUAUAAGACGCUCAUAGAACGCACAGAGACGCAGCGCUCCGCGUUGCCAUCGACUUUCGCCGAGCUCGCAUCCAAGUAUUCUGAGUGUCCGUCUGCCAAACGUGGUGGAGACUUGGGCUGGUUCGACAGGCAGAAGAUGGAACCGAAGUUCAGGGAAGUGGCCUUCUCCACUGCUCCCGGGAACGUCUCGGAGCCUUUUAAAGGUGCGAACGGCUGGCAUAUUGUCUUCGUUGAAGGCCGCCGGAACUAG